GGCCGGGUGAAACCGGAAUCUAAUCAAUUGUCCGCAGCUUGCAAGGAGCCUGUAGGAAAGUCCCUAGUUUCUUUGACCCGGGUUUCCUCGCCUGCAAAAAUCAGUGUUGGCCUAGUUUCCCCUCUAGAUUUAUAUAAACGGAACAUUUCGCCACAGUUACAAGCAUCAACACUGUUGGUGCUAGCUUGUAAUCUUAAUCACCUAGAGCCAACCAUCUUCAGGGGAACUGAGGUCAGAGGUGGCAGUCGUCUUGGUUCUUGCACUGGUUCACCAUGACCGUAACAAGUCACAGCUGCAUUUCGGAUCUCUCUCUGUAAAACACGGGGAGGGGUUGGCUGGGCAACACCAAGCUCUCUCAAGGAGAUCUGGGUUUUCUCAAACCCAAGGGCUGGGCUCCUAACCCCCCACCUAGAGGCGGAACUUGAAACCUGGGCCUCAGUUUCCCCACGGCAGAAGACUCAGUACAGCUACCCAGGCACCCUUUCCUACCGCCCCCCCUCCCCCCCCACAUACACACGGGGCCUUUGGAAUUUGACUAGACAAGAAGAAAAUUCUUGAAACACAACUAUUUAUUUUCCACUUCAUUUUCGGCCGCUGAGGGCGUUUCCAUAGUAACACGGCCUUCUAGUCGGUUCCACACACAGAAGGUUCCAGAGUUCCAGGUUCAGGUCUCAGACUCUCCUGGAAGCAAAUAUUCUCGGGCUCUUAUUGGUUGCCGCCAGCCGAGCCCCCUCGUAACCCUGGCAACAGCACCGCCCACAAGUUGCCGGGCUACGAUUGGUCCGAGCUCGAAAGACCUAACGUGAGCUCCUCCGGCCAUUGGCCCGAGUCACAGGAAACUGGCGCCGCGGUUGGUGAGUCUAGAGGUCAGUCAGAGCCAGAGACAGGGUCAAAUAGGGAGAAAUGGCGGCUGAGCCAGCCUGUGGGUGAGUGGUUUCGGAAGGGGUGGAGAUGUAAGGCAACUGUUCACGGUCGGCCUGGACGCGGCUCCCAAGGGGGCGGGAGGUUGACGUCUCUUCUGGCUCCGGCCGGACUCCGUGUGGAAGAGCCUGACAUCCACAUCCUCCCAUCGGGCUGGAGGUGAGAGGUCAGAGGCCGCGUCCUUGCUCUGUCCCUGGUUUAUGGAGCUCAGGUACUUUGGAAAGCAGUCAGGGUCCCAAGCCAGCGACUCAGCGUCCAACUACUUACGGAAUAAUGUUGGGCAAGUCAUUUAACCUCUCUGAGCCUCAGUUUCUCAUCUGUAAAAUGGGGACAGUAACCUGCUUUUGGGUCAGCUAGUGGAAACAUUUGACUAGAACUUUGCUCUUCAUGUCGGUGUUUACAUAGCGGCAUAUUUGUUAGCCCUGUUUUAAGGCUGAAGAGAUGGAGGCUCAGAAGGUGUCACUGACUUGCCCAAGAUCACACAGCAAAUUUGGGGCAAUUGCGUUUCUCUUGUAUACACCAGGACCACGUGAAAGAAUGGAUGCCAAAAGGCCCCUCUUUGGAACAAGAUCUGGGAAAUACGUCCAGCCUCAAGCCUCAACUUAGUUGGAGCUUGAGAGACUGAGAGCCUCCUGUACAGCAGCCUCGCAGAGAAGUAUUUUGACCUUGGCAUCUAGACAUUUCCCAUCUCCCCCAUGGCCCUGAAAAUGCUGAAUGAGCUCCUCCUUGAGGACCCAAGCCCAUCUAUGCUGCUGUACCAGGUUAGCAAGCCUGCCAAGUUAGAUACCCUCAACUAUCAGAGCAACUUUAUGCAGGACAUCUUUGCCCAUUUCCCUGAUACCUUAUUUAUCCACCGGACCUAUAACCCAACGGGCAAAGUGUUAUAUACCUUCCUGGUGGAUGGCCCUCAGGUGCAGCUGGAGGGUCAUCUUGCCCGGACAGUUUACUUUGCCAUUCCUGCCAAGGAGGAUGCUGAAGGCCUGACCCAGAUGUUCCAGGUAUUCAAGAUGUUUAACCCAGCCUGGGAGAAAGUCUGUACUAUCCUGGUAGAUCCCUACUUCUUCCCUCUGCCCAUCCUAGCUAUGGAGUUCCCCACAGCUGAGGUCCUGCCCUCAGCCUUCCAUAUCUGUAAGUUCCUCCAGGGCAAGUUCUAUCAGCUUUCCCUCGAACAGCCUGUGAAGCAGGUGCUCCUGACCUCCCUGCAGAGCACAAUGUGCUCAGCCACUGCUGGCAACCUGAGGAAGUUAUAUGCACUCCUGAGCAACUGCAUCCCCCCAGACCAGCUGACCAAGCUACACUUAUACUGGCUGCUCAAUGACCGCAUCUGGCUGGCCCACCGUCGGAGAAGCCCAGCGGAGAGCAGCCACUACUUCCAGGGCCUGGAGGUCACCACCCGCAUCCUCAGCCAGUUCUUUGGCACCACCCCAUCUGUGGAACAAGGCAUAACCUCCUUGCUCCUAUUCAUGCAGCAGAACUCUGGGGACAAGGCAGUCCUCAGCCUGGGCCUGAGUCCCCAGAGCAAUUGUGCCUCCUCGGACGUCAGCCCCCAGAGCCCCAAAGUGGAACAGUUGGUAGAAGCCUGUAUCCAGCACUCCCUCCACACCAUCUGCACAGAGCCAGCAGCCCAGCUCUGCCUGGGUGAGCUUGCCGUGGUCCAGAAAUCUAUGCAGCUCAUUGGCUCUGGCUCUGAAAAAGUGAAUGUACAAAUCCUGGAAGACACCCAUAGAGUGCAGCCCCAGCCCCCUGCCAGCUGCAACUGCUACUUUAACCAGGCCUUCCACCUGCCCUGCCGCCACAUCCUGGCCAUGCUCAGAGCCCGGCAACAGGUGCUCCAGCCUAAUAUGCUGCCACCUCAGUGGACAGCAGACUGUGCUGCUAGUCUGGAUGACAUCCUGGGCAGCAAGUGGAGUGAGACCCUGGAUAAGCGCUUGGCUGUGGCUCUCCUCACUGAGCAGGUGGGUCAGCUCUUACAACACUGCAGCCAGGAGGAGUUUGAACUGCGGUACAGCACCCUGCGGAGACUGGCCGACAUCUGGAUCGGCCCUUACGAGCAGGUCCAGCUGUGAUUACCCUGUGCUGAGAGAUGCUCACACACAGGUACACACAUCCUCCCCUACACACACACUCGCUGUUGUACUUCCCUGGACCCUCCCUCCAGGACAAAACAGAGGUCUUCUAUUGCCUCCUGCUACCUACAAUAUGUCUAGUUUCCUAAGAUGGGAAUCAGCAAAACUUUUCUGCAAAGGGCCCGACAGUAAAUAUUUUAGGCUUUGCUGGCCAUAUACAGUCUAUGGUACUUGGUUUUGGUUUUGUUUGUUUUUUAUAACCUUUUGAAAAGGUAAAAGCUAUUCUUAGCUCAAGGGCCUUACAAAACAGGUGACCCCUGCUCUGAGAUAAGAGGUAGCGGGUAAAGAUCAAGGUCUGGGAUAAGUGACCCCAGUCACGAGAUGACUCUCCUGACUCCCAGAGGAAGAGGCCCCCCAGAGGAGCUGGUGCAGCCAGGUUCCCACUCGUUUUACUACCCCGGCCCCCUCCUGAGGUCAUUAAAGUUGAAUGUUGCCUACUUUAGCUCUCGUCUAGUUUUUUAUCUUGCGGAAGGCACGUUAGGAAAUGUCAUGGAAAGAAUAGAGAUUUUGGAGGCCAAUGCUACAUGCAAAUCCUGGUUCCUUACUUGCCUGAUUUUCGAGACCUGGUCUUCCUUUUACUAGCUAUGGGACCUCAGGCAAGUCAUCUGUCUAAGCCCCAAUUUGUUCGUCUAUAAAAAUGAAGAUCCUCACAGCACUGUUAAGAUUAAAGGAGUGGGCAUAUAAUGGGCCUGGUGCCCAGUGGGUGCUCAAAUAAGUAUUAAUUUUCCUUCCUUGCCUGUGGUCUCAUCACCUGCCCUCAACAGGCUGGGAAAUGUAAGGCAAGAGGAAAUGCACAUUGCCUAUGACUUUGUACAAGAAGUUUUGAUCAAGUCCCAAAACAAUACAGAAGAAACCUCCACUCUCCAAGCAGGGUCCCUACCUCAGGUAAUUUUCAUUAUAAUUACUCUGACAAGACCUGUCUCCUGGCUUGGUGGUUUCUAGAGAAACUUCCUGAGGUCUGGUAUUCAUCAGAGUGGG